UCAAAUCCAUAAGGGAAACAGCUUGGUAGUUUAAUCAAAGAUGUUUAUGGAUUUCAAACCUUUUCUUUCAAGUUAUAUAGAUUAAUGAAGUAAGGGGUAAUGAUUAUAACAAUAGAUGGUCUUUAUUCUUACACUGUUAUGUGGAUAACUCUUCAAAAACUCAUGGAUCAAGUUUGAUAGGCCAAAUUGCUGCACUGAACCCUUUUACUAUUAAUAUGCUGCACAAAUCUCUCUCUAUUUUAUAUAUAAUAUGUAUAUAUGUAUUAAAAGGUCUUCUAACUAGAGGACCCCCCACCCGUAUUAGCCCCUUGACACGGAUAAGAUUUAAGUCACGAACUUGUGCAGCAGAAGGGAUUCGUCGCGGGGGCAUAAAUGGGGGAUUAGGAGAGUCGAAACUGAGCUCUUGGGGUUGAGAUUACAAAAUGCAAAAACCAAACCAAAACAUAAAUAACAAUGUUCAUAUAAUUUAAUUUUUUUGGUUUUUGGAGUAAAUGCUGCUAUGAGCCUAUGAAGUAUCAAAUGAUAAUGUGGCUCAACCAAGAUAACAUCCAAUCACAGGCACUGAUGUACAUCUUGAAAUUUUAUAUAUUUUUAAGCAAUUUGCUUUAGAAAUGACCUAAAUACAUAAUUUUUUUUUUUUUUUUUAUCAAAGUAGUAAUUUUCCGGUGAUGUUACAGAGUUUUUUUUAUAAAAAAUUUAUUUAUCAAAGUAGUGAUUUUUCGACGAGAGUUAAUUAGUUGUUGCUAAAACCAAAUUGGUUGUUGCUGAAACCAAAAGAGACGUGAUGAAAAUGUAGUCUUUAGAGAGAAAGGAAAAGAGAGAUUUUCUUUCCUUCUUUUUUCUUCUUAUAUCAACAAGGGCAUUUUAGGAUUUUUAUAUAAAAUGGUUAAAAUUGAUGAUAAGGAAGUAAUUUGCUCAAAAGGUUGAUAAUACAGGGAUUUGUAUGCACCUAAUUUUUAGUGGGGUGUUUCUUGCACAUUUUUUGCAUAGCAAGGGUAUUUUUUUUGCACUUAGCCCUUUAUAUAUAUAAAUAUAUAUAUCCUCAAUUUAUAAAAAAUUGCAAAUAACCCCUUAUGAUCACGUGCGGAAUGCAUAGACCUUUUUUUUUUUUUUUUUUGACGAAAAUAAGGUAAUUGUGCAUCAAAUUUUUUAUUUUAUAUUUUUACUAUGGCAAGUGAAAAAUUACACACCAUUCCCUUUUUAUUGUAUAUUUUUACUAUGGCAAGUAAAAAAUUACACACCAUUCCCUUUAGAGAUCGGAACCCUUGAGCAGUUGGGGCUAGGUGUGAAUUGUGGCAUUAUGUUAGUUCAAAGUUUAAAUUGAUUUCCAUAUCAAAAAGAUGGUAUAUUUAGUGGAGAUACAAAACUAGUAAGUCCAAGUAUAUAUAUUUGGAAUUAUUGCAUGUAAACUUCAUCAACACACACAAUCACAGCAAGCUUUAAUUCGAUCUCCAUCUUAUUAGCAAUGUGCUUAUAUAACGCCAUGCCAUGAUUAUACAUGGAAGAUAUAUUAUUACCAUGUAUAAGUGAUUGAGCAUUAACACUCUCUCUCUCUUUCUCUCUCUCUAUCUAUCUAUCUAUAUAUAUAAUUAAACAACCUAUAUACCAUCUCUCACCCCACCAUUCUUGUACAUUAACCAACCCUAAAAAGUUAUUGUGAUCAUGGCCAUGGAAGAUCAGUGUCCUUCAGAUGGCUCAAGCAUCUCAGAAGGAUCUGAUGGAAACUGCAACAAGAAGAAGAAUGUGAAACUGAAAGAAAAAGUUUCCGAAGAAACGAAUCCAUUUUGCCUUGUACUCGAUCUGAAACUGUCCAACCAUACAAGUCAAGUAGUAGUGUCAAACCACCCAGAAAAACAACUUUUGAGCCCAUCAAACGUGGGUGGUUCUUCUUCUCCAGCAAGCGAGUCGUCGGACGAGGAGGCGAGACGGGAUGAGGAGAACCUGCCGGGGCCGGAGCCGUCAUCGACUACGACUAGGGUUUUCACAUGCAACUUCUGCAAAAGAGAGUUCUCUACUUCUCAAGCACUAGGAGGGCACCAAAACGCUCAUAAACAAGAGCGAGCCUUCGCGAAACGGAGGAAUGGGGGGCAUGGGAUGGAUGUCCCGCCUUUCGGACACCCUCCCCAGCCCUACCACUAUUAUCCUUACCCAAAUUUCCCUCAUCAUGUCCCUUUUUAUGGCCCAUACGGUAAUAGAUCAUCAUCAUCAUCAUCCGCACCAUUACUCGGGGUCAGACCGGACUCCAUGAUUCACAAACCGUGGCCCGGUUAUCGUUAUAUUGGCCACGACGGGGUGCCUAGGUUGGCCGUGAUGAAUCCACAACCAUCCUACGAUAGGCUAAGGAGUGUCCUAGGUGACACUAGCUCUCAAUCACAUAGUAAUGGUGUUUUUGGUGCUGGAGGAGUCUCUUCUUCCUCAGCAAUGGCUCGUCUGAAUCAUUCUGCUGCGACUAGGGCAAUCGAAGGUGACACUAGUGCUGUGAAAGUAGAAAAAUCGGACGCCGAAUCACCGGGACUCGAUUUGAAUCUCAAGCUUUGAUUACUGCUUAAUUUUUGUUUUAAAUUACUAUGUUUUGGUUUUGUUUUGAGACCAUAAUCAGUUGAAUGCAAGUUAAAGUAUUAUCUUCUCUUUAAUUGAUUUUAAUUUUCUUGUAUACCUCAUUUUUGUAUUUUGGGAGUGGCAGUAAAUUAAUUUCCAUGUACAUGGGUUUCAAUUUAACUU